AUGUAAGACAGCGAAACAUAACCGUACACCAAUAUCCUACACCGUGUGUAGCACAGCAGAAUCGGUCGCAGCGGCUAAUGUCAUCCUCCUUGACAAGAUCAACACCCCAACACACCAAAUUGUUAAGUUUCUUCAGUAGGAUUUUUUAAAGGGAAAGGAAAACGAACCGAAGAAUACUAGACCAAGCAGUUUCCCUCCACGGCACUCCUCUCUCUGCGCCCCUUCUCUGCUCUUGGGCUUCUCUCGGCGGCGUUGGGCAGCAGCUCGAUCUUGCGAUGGGGAGCCAGCAGAACGCGCUUCACCAGCUCGUGUCCUUCAUUCUCGGGGCGUCCGCCGCCGCCGUCCUGCUCUUCUUCCUGACGUCGGCGAGCAGCGGCGCGCGUUUCACGGGGAUAUCGAGCUGGGCCAAUGGAACCGCGGAGUUUGAUGCUCCCGCCCAAGAGGCGAAUCCGGCAAGAGAACCUCCUGCUACUGCUCAAGCCGAAGCAAAGGGGUCGCCGGCGCCGGAGCAGCAGGACGACGAGCUGGAGCGGCUGCUGCGCGCGGUGGCGGACGAGGACCGGACGCUGAUCAUGACGUCGGUGAACGAGGCGUGGGCAGCGGAGGACUCGCUGCUGGACCUCUUCCUCGAGAGCUUCCGCACGGGCGAGCGGAUCGCGCACUUCGCGGAGCACCUCCUGGUGGUGGCGCUCGACGGCGGCGCGCUGGAGCGGUGCCGCGCCGUGCACCCGCACUGCUACCUCCUCCCGGCGGCCGCCGGGCGCAACCUCUCCGACGAGAAGGUGUUCAUGAGCAAGGACUACAUCGACCUGGUCUGGAGCAAGGUCCAGCUGCAGCAGAGGAUCCUCGAGCUCGGCUACAACUUCCUCUUCACGGACGUGGACAUCCUGUGGUUCCGCAACCCGUUCGAGCGGAUGUCAGUGGCGGCGCACAUGGUGACGUCGUCGGACUUCUUCUUCGGUGACCCGUACAGCCCGAUGAACCUGCCGAAUACGGGGUUCCUGUACGCCAAGUCGAGCCGUCGCACGGUGGGCGCGUUCGAGGCGUGGCACGCGGCGCGCGAGUCCUUCCCGGGGAAGCACGAGCAGCAGGUGCUGAACGAGAUCAAGCACGAGCUGGUGGCCACGCGCGGCCUCCGCAUCCAGUUCCUGGACACCGAGCACAACGCCGGGUUCUGCAACAACACGCGCGACUUCAACACGCUCUACACCAUGCACGCCAACUGCUGCGUCGGGCUCGGCGCCAAGCUCCACGACCUCGGCAACCUGCUGCGGGAGUGGCGGGCGUACAGGCAGAUGGACGAGGAGGAGCGGAGGCGGGGGCCCGUGCGCUGGAAGGUGCCCGGCAUAUGCAUCCACUGAUCGGUGUGUGAGGCCACCCGGCGGUACGUGCCUACGUGGUAGCGCAGCGUGGAUCAGUUUGUAUUGUAAUUUGUGCUUGUACAGAUCGGGGGAAAUGAGAUAGCGUGCACUGUUCGCUUAUUCUUUGCCGAAUAUCGUUCAUGUUCAGUAAAAGAGCUAUGUGGAUUGCAGUGGAGGGAGAUGACUUUUAGAGAAAAACAUAGUAAAUGCAAACAAUUGUUCUAAAUUCA